CCCAUCUAUACCAUUAAUCAAUCCACCGAACUCAAAAUGAACAUCCACCCCCCCCCCUUCACCCCCAUCCAAUACAUCCCCCCAACAUCCAAACCCACAAUCCUAACCACCCCCAUCACCCACCUCCUCAUCACCGCCCACGAACCCCUCCCCCGCGGCGGCAACCACUGGACAAUCUACAUCCCCAAUGCCUCCACCCCCACCAACACUCCCCCAAAUACAAAUCCAAAUGCAAAUACAACUACAGAAUUCACCAGCAUCCAAAUCGACAUGACCCCCUCAUACACCACCCCUCCCCCCAAUCCAGGCAUGAAAGGCAGCAAAGGCAUCCUCGUCAUCAGCACCGUACCAUACAUCUUUCCGCCCCGGGCGACGAAAUCCUUCUGGGUCGAUAUCCGGUGUGGAUAUACGGUGGGGGAUUUUGUGGAGUUGCUUGUGGAGGAAGGGAGAGAAAAGAAAUUGGAAUCGCCCGAUGGCCGCUAUAGUCCUACACAAGGAGCGUCACAGCUGCAACACUUCCCUCUUAGUGGAAACGAUAUCUGCUUUCUUCCCGACGAUACCCUGAUCAAGGCCUUCCAAGCCAGUCCUGUGAUCUAUGAUCGAGGGCUCGAACGGAUCGUUCGCGUAUCUGAGAAGCUUGUAAUUAAAGGGGGUCGAAGAACACAACCCGGUGAAGCCUGCAUCUUGAGAGUCAUUGCGGAGGCAGGAGAGCGAAAUGAAGCAUACCGGAUCCGAAUGCCUAGGGUGUACCGGAUAACCAAAGUUGAACUGGACGAGUACAGUGGUGAAUGGAAGUGCUUGAUUCUCAUGGACUAUAUUGCCGGGAAGACCGUAGAGGAGUGCUGGGAGAGCUUGACACCAGACAAGCGCACGGAUGUCAUCAACCAAGUUGCGUCGAUGAUGAAUACCUUGCAAUCAAUUCCGGUGCCCCAGGCAGACCAAGACAUGCCUGGUCCAAUGGGACAUCCGCGGACCCCGGCACAUGGUGGAGUGUUUAGCCUUGCGCGGGUAGGACCGUUCGCUUCGAUUAGGCAAUUGCAGGAGUGGUUCAAUGGCAAUCGUGGGAUCCUGAACGAAUGCCACAAAUUCCACUCCCAGAAACUGGUUCUGACGCAUCAGAAAGUUUUGCCCCGGAAUUUGACCCUUGAUGAAGAGGGAAAGGUAUGGUUGACGAAUUGGAGUGACUCGGGUCUUUAUCCCAAGGGUUUGACUAUGUGGCAAUUAAAUCGUUGGAGUGGCCUUGUAUGA